AUGGACGUCCGUGACGGCCGCGUCCUCCUCGGCUGCGACCACGCGCAGGACGCGCGGCCCCCGAUCUGCAGGGAGCUCGCGGUGUGCGACCCCCUGCACCGCCGGUACGUCCUGCUACCCCCAGUGCCCGAUGCCCUCAUUGCCUCGGCGGAGCGCCCGCCCCCCGUGCGGCGCAGGCCCUUCGACGAGCCUCUCCUCCUUCCCCUCGGCGAGAACGACACGGCCGCGGAAGGGACGGCAUUCAUGGUGAUGUCUACGGUGCAUUGCGAGACUAAGCUGGCCCCAUUUGUGUUCUCUUCGACCACCGGGCAGUGGCGAGCCGCGGCACCCAUGCUUUGGUCGGCCAUGCCAGUGUCGCCGAUGGACCAUACUUAUCUCAGGCGGCAUCACGCCUAUGGCUGCUUCUACUGGGAGUCCACCCUCAUCAAGAGGAGAGAGUUGCUUGUGCUCAACAUCCGGAGGAUGGAGUUCUCCAUCGCCAAGCUCCCAUCCUCUGGUUGGGGCACGCUAGGCGUCGCCAUUGUGGAGGCAGGGGAAGGCAGGCUUGGGCUGUUUGGUAUCCGUGAUGGAACCGCAGGUGGCAAACCUGACCUUUGCUAUACAGUUAGGCGUAACAAAGGCAAGAAUUCUGGUCAAUGGCAGAUGGUGAAGACAUUCGCACUAGGUUCUGAGGGCCUGAAUUAUAUCAAAGCCGCAACAGAGAGGUAUGUGCUCCUGAUAUGUUCUGAGGCCCCUCGGUUUGUCGGCUUGUCUAUGGAGAUGCCAGACUUGGAGUAUAUCUCGGUGGACGUCAAGAAGUUGCAGCUUGAGAGGGUCUGUCUGAAGCCUUUUGGGAAUUCCUUGUCCAGGAAGCGCAUAUAUGCCCACUUCCCGCCGUCGCUGUCUUCGGCGACAAUAUGA